UUUAUGUGCUCACUGUCAUCACCGGGAGAGGAAGGAGAAUGAGGAAGUGGUUGGAGCAGGACUGGACUUGGAGAUGUAACUACCAAUGCAGCAGCAGCUGUCAGGACAUUACUACCUAGGCAGCUAGAUAAUAGUACUAUUUGACAAUGCGAUGGGUAACUGCUGGGCCUACUGCGUUGGGCUCUUCAGGAGAGAAGCCAACAGGAUCCAGAGAGGAGGCGGGUCAAAAUACUUCCGAAGCAGCACCACAGGGGAACAUUAUACAAUAGAGUUUGAAAAUCUGGUAGAAAGUGAUGAGGCCGAGAGCCCACAGCCCUGCCCGAGGCCAAUCAGUGAAGAUGAGAUCAAACACCUCAAAGAGCAGCGCUACACUGCGCUCUCAGACAGGCAGAUCCUGAUCGACCAGAAGAUACAACUGGAGUUAGAAGCACAAGAGGAGAAGUUAAGGCUAGAAGAGGAGGCUAGAAUUGCCGCCCAGCGUGAGGCCGCCAGGUUGGCGCGUCAGCGAAACUUGAAGGAGCAGCUGCCUGCCCAGAGGACACGGGGGAAAGCAGAUGGCUCCGGCGGUGAAACUCAGCAAAGAAAACAAAACUCGGGCCAGGAUUUUGACGUCUACCUCCAGAAUGUGAAAGCCCAGUCGGACUCUUUCAGGGGCAACAGACUGCCGUCCGACACCAACGUGGUGACCCCCAACACGGAGUGCAGCUGGGACUUCACCACCAAGACCCGCUCCACCAACGAUGACGGGACCUCCCUGGAUCUAGAGUGGGAAGACGAGGAAGGAAUCAAUCGUGCUCUUCCAGCCUGGGAGAGGUCCCGGACGGAGGAGGACAUCCUGCGCGCCGCCCUGCGGCCCGGCGCCAAGCCGCUGAACAGUGGCCCGACCUCGGCCUCCGAGGACUCCAACGCACUGGAGUGGGAGAACGAUUUUGUGAGUACCCUUCCAGAGGACAACGCAGACACUGAAUUUGAGGGAUUUGUCAAUCCUGUCCUAGACACUCCCUCUGAGGACGCCUUGGACCGUGGCCUCAGGUUGGACAAUCAGGACAGAUAGUGUCCAGCACCAAAGGAGACGUUUGUUGUGUCCACUUCAUGUCAAAGCUCACCAGCUUUUCGCCUCAUGAAAUGAAAUGAAAUGUACCUAUUGCUCCUCAUAUUUUCUGUGAUAUGAGAGUGUGAUGCUGCUUAGGAAUAUGUUGUGUAUGUUACUACAGUAAAACGUAGUGAUGUCUUUAUCAAAUACUCUCAUUUUUUCCAGUGCCUUCAUUUGCCGACCAUUUAUGCAUUGUAACUUGAACAGAUCAGUUAGCAUCCACUACCAUUUGACACAUUGUUCAGUAAGUGCUUGUUGAGUCCAGGUGAUGCUACAGAAAAUGCCAAGGUACUCUAAAGUAAAAGCAGAUUGCCGCUUUAGUGGCUGUGUGUUAAAAACAUCACUUAUGGAAAGGACAUAUAUUUAACUGGUUGUAGGGAGAAGGGGUUCAUGGAGUGUAACUUAUUAAGUUACUUUUUAAAUGCCAGCAUGACUAUGUCUCUGCAUUUGACCCUCAGUCUCUCGGCUUAAUUUCAGCCCCCCUCCUCCCACUUUUUCAAUCUAAUUCAAUGUGUCGGCCCUUCGGGGCUUACAGUCUUGUGUUUGCAAAAAUUCCAAAAAAGAAGCCCAAGCAUGAAAACACUUACUGAUAUGCUCAGUAGUUUGUUUCUAAAGAUACACAUUUCCAUCAGAGAACAUCUGCCAACGAGACAUUUUUAUAAAUGAACAUAAUUAAACACAUGCGUUUCCUGUUAAUGGGCCCAUUGGUCUAUUUUAGGACAUGUGGGUUGUAAACUGCCCUUUUUCUUUCCUUUUAUUUGACACUUUAACUUCAUUAGAUCUCUUUUUUUAUGUCAAAACCAAUAGCACAGAACAGCGACAUCAUUGCCAAGCACCAUGACAUCCACACCACAAAACACAUAGGAUGUAUUAUUAAGGACAGCAGGUCUUUGGGCCUCUCUACAUUAUUAGCAUGUCCAUGAUUGGAGAGAGCAUGCAGCAAGCCUCAUUCCUUACUGCAACAAAUACAUAUUAUUUAAACUGGCCUUUUUUCAUAGAUGGAAACCAUCUCUUGAAAAAACAGUCAUUCCAAUCAACUGGUUCUCUGGUUCAUGGUGAUAAUAGCCUGGAAAGUAUGGAAUGAAAUAGAAAUCCUCACAUUUCGGAGGCUGCAAUAAGCAAUAUUUUGGCAGCACUAAAACAACUGGGGUAAAGCUAAAUUAUUAAACUGUUAAUGUGGAUAGUUGCUCUGAAAUACAGGGCAGUCAUUGCAGAAUAUUUAUAUUUACCAUCUUAAAAAAAAUCUGAUUGGUUGCAGGCAGGAGACAAAUCAUUUUUAAGUGACUUUUUUUUUAUUUAAUCUGAUGUGAAAUCCAGACCAGUUACUCUGAAUUUAAAACCAUUAAUAAAUCAUUAUCCGAUGGUUUACUGCGGAUAAUGAAAGCAAUACUUUGUGAAGGUUGUGCAAGUGGAUUAAAAAAAGUUUAAAAGUUACAAAACAUGCAAAGAUGACUCUUGAGGUGGAAACGGGGUCAUGUCCCUACAAUAUAUCCAAUGCUGCUCUCCAAGGAACCUGCUGUGUACUACUUCCUGUCCUGAUCAUGUGACCCAUCACGUACUCGGGCCAAUGGCGUUUCACAUUGAUCAUUUAAUCAGUUUGAAUCAAAAGUAGUUCACUGAUUGCACUCAAGUGUGUGGAUUUUGUUAAUUUGGUGUAAUUAACAUCUUUGUUUUAAGACAUUUGCUGAAAUGAAAUGUUGAGAAGAUUUGCAAACAUUUUCCUUCUCAAUAUUUGUAAUUUAAAAAAUAGUGUUUGGAACACAUUCCAAUAUUGUUUUGCUGGGAAUACAUGAUCUGUGAAUAGUCACUAUAACUUUAUUGUAAAAUAAACAUGUAACUUAACAAUCCUUGUCACACUGAGCCUGAGAGGGGGGGGGAAAUGAAUAAAAGUAUAGAAAAAUGGAUGUACAUACACUCACUGUUACGAGCACAUGUACAUUAAGGGCAGCGGGGAUUUUUUUUUUUGUAAAAGAUUAUUUUUGGGGGCUUUUUCCUCUUUUAUUGUAGUGACAGUGGAUAGACAUAAAAGGGGGAGAGAGAUGGGGGGGUGACACUUAGCCUACAUGGGGUGAACGCUCCCACAGGGUGAGCCAGAGGCCGCCCCAGAUUAUUAUUUUUUUUUUUUUUUUUUAACCGAACCGUCUUUAUCACAACCUUAAUCAGAAAAUUGUUUAUGUGAAUGUUGUUAUUUUCAAGGCUUUAUUUCACACUGGCCAAAUGUAUACUUAUACUUCCAUCACAAUACACAUUUACAAAGUUAGUUCCUUACUAAGAUUGGGCUGUUACACAAAUAUGAAAUACCACUCUAUUUUCCAUUUUUAGUUAUUUUAUUUGUUUUAUUUUUAACAUUGCACUGUUUCUUUGUGUCUUGUUACGGCUCAGCUGGUUGAACACUGCGCCCCUGUAGGAAAAAAUACUGUAAGCUCAUCCACCAAAGCCUAUUUACACUGUACAGCUAAUCAUUUUUAUUAAAGUUGGUACUAGUAUCUUA